AUGGCAUGGACCGCGUCUACAAAUCCCGAGCAGGAGUACCACGAGUCGGUCCAUUCCGUUGAGGAAAAAGCAUUGCAACUUGCCGAUCUCAUUAAACAAAGUAAGCACUUCAUUGUAUUCACCGGGGCCGGAAUUUCGACAUCUGCAGGAAUUCCUGACUUCCGCGGCCCUGAUGGCACAUGGACACUCCAGGCGCAGGGGCGAGAUAGAACUGGCCCGACGACUGAUACCCUUCAGGCGAUCCCUACCUUGACACACAUGGCGCUUGUCGAGCUACAGAACCGCGGGCUGUUGAAACACGUAAUCAGCCAGAAUUGCGAUGGUUUGCACCGACGGAGUGGGAUCUUGCCGGAGAAUAUAUCAGAGCUACACGGAAAUAGUAAUCGAGAGUAUUGCAAAGACUGCGGAAAAGACUACAUUCGAGAUUUUCAUGCCACAGCCACCUACCAGAUAAGCGUACACGACCAUCGAACAGGUCGCAAUUGUCCACGAUGUGGUGGAGAUCUCCACGAUAGCAUCAUAAAUUUUGGAGAAGCACUACCAGAUGAUGUCUUGGACAUCGCGUUCGAGCACGGCCAGAAAACGGACCUAUGUAUUGUCCUCGGUUCAUCGCUGAAGGUCUCACCUGCCAACGAAAUUCCUGAACAGAUUGGCUGUCGCCAAUAUUCACUUCGUUGGCCAGCUACCUUGGCGAUCUGCAAUUUGCAGCCAACACCACACGAUGAUCUUUCCACUAUCCGCAUUUUUGCAAAGACUGACGACUUGAUGGGCAAGGUGAUGGAGUAUCUUCAAAUUCCCAUCCCACCCUUCAUUCUUCGCCGACGUGUGGCUGUCAAGAUAGAGAAUGACUCUCACAUUACCACUCUGAUUAAUGUCAUGGGGGUAGACACCGAUGGAACGCCGGCAUCCUUUCUUCGCACGGUCAAACUACUAAAUUACAAUUAUUGCAUGGUUACGGAACCGUUCAUAGCGUCUAUCGGUGGCCCUUUGCAAGUGGACACUAUGUUCAAUAUUGAGCUUGAAUUCAUGGGCCACUAUUGCGAGCCAAAGCUUAUCAUACCGCACAAAUUCAAAUGGCCGGAAGGUGCUAGAGAGUGCACCUAUCUGCUGGAAUACGAUCCAAGCACAAGACAAUGGGAAGUGGCUCCGGAGACGGCGAUGCAAACCACACAUGUGUAG